AAGCACACAGAAAAAAAUUAAACAUGGCAGUCAACAAAGGGAAGAAUGUUUGAAAUUGUAUACUGGAGUGACGUUGUUUCGGAAUAGUAGAGACGUGAAAAGGCAAUUGAAAUAAAAUUAUACAACCCAUAAAUAAAUUAUCAAUCCUCAUGUACGAUUGCACUGCAAAUUUGGUACAGAUUUACAUUCAAAUAUAUAUGGAUGGUAUGCCCGAUAAUUUCUUAUCAACACAAAAUCUAACAAGUGGAAUGCUCGUUUGACGAUCGCGUUUUACGGAACAAACAUAACGUGGUCUUGUGCGGAACGAGUGCAUAGUUGUGUGCAAUAAGUAGUCUAUUACGAAUUGUUGUAUACGCGUCUUCAAAGGUUGAAACAUGGCAAAAGUUUUCUUUGGAAAAAUUAUACAUACAAAAUCCUUAAAUGAAUUUGAGUUGUUUACAUCUGGAUUUGUUGCUGUAGAUCAGAAAGGCAAAAUCGCAGGUGCUGGAAAUGAAUGUGAUUAUUGCGUUUGGCUCCCUCAAAAUCCAGACUUUAAAGGUGCUCACGAGGAACAUCUCUCGGAAGACCAGUUUAUAAUGCCUGGUCUUGUUGAUUGCCACAUCCAUGCGCCACAAGUAGCGCAAAUCGGACUUGGCUUGGAUAUGCCCUUAUUGGAUUGGCUGAAUACGUAUACGUUCCCAUUGGAGGCGAAAUAUACUGAUCAGAAGUUUGCGGCUAAAGUGUACGCUAAAGUUGUGGAAAACACUAUAAAAGCGGGUACCACGCUCGCAUCCUAUUUUGGUACAAACAACAAAGACAGCACUUUGAUACUAGCAAAGGAGGCACUGCGUCAGGGCCAACGGGCAUUAAUUGGUAAAGUUUGCUCAAAUUGCAAUAGUCCUGACUUUUAUGUUGAAACCACAGAAGCAUCAGUAGCAGACACUGAAGAAUUUAUCGCUGCAAUAAGAAAACUGAAUAAUGACCGAAUAAAACCUACAAUUACACCAAGAUUUGCAUUGAGCUGUACGAAUGAGUUAAUGGUGAAACUGGGUGACAUUGCACAGAAAAAUGACUUACAUAUACAGAGCCACAUAAGCGAAAAUUUGUCGGAAAUAAGCAGUGUCAAGCAGAUGUUCAAUUCGAGUUAUGCCAAGGCAUAUGAUAAUGCUGGCUUGUUGACACCGAAAACGGUUAUGGCACACGCCGUACAUUUGGAAGAUGAGGAAAUAGCACUUUUUCGUGAACGCGGCACUUCGGUCGCCCAUUGUCCAGCCUCAAAUACAAUGCUAAGUUCAGGUUUCUGUGAUGUGCUGCGACUUAUUAAAAAUGGCGUUAAAGUUGGUUUAGGCACAGAUGUCUCCGGCGGCAACUCUAUGUCUAUACAAGAUGCUAUAUUGCGUGCACUCGACGUUUCCCAUCAUCUGGAAUUUGUGAAAAAGCAGGAUAUCAAAGGCAGUGGCCGCCUAACCACUCAGGAUAAUGAAUAUCAACCACUUAAUUACAAACAAGCUAUAUUCUUGGCAACACUUGGUGGCGCUGAAGCGCUAACGUUGAGUGAUGUUACCGGAAACUUUGUGAUGGGCAAAGAUUUCGAUGCAUUGGUUGUGGAUACGAGCAAAUAUCCGCUGCAAAACUACGCCACUGAUGAGGCGGCAAAGAAAUCACAAGAGCAACAACUCCUCGAAAUGGUGCAAAAAUUCAUUUAUGUGGGUGAUGAUCGCAAUAUAAUUGGUGUUUAUGUUGCGGGAAAGCAAAUCAAAAAAAAAUUAUGAAUUGGAUGAUCUAAAUGAUGUUAAUGAAAAUAACUUCAAUGCAUAAUCAUAAUUAAUUUCAAUUUCAUGUUAAUUUCAUAAUUUUUAUUUUUACUUUUAUUUUAUACAACGCCAAGUUUGAUUGCAUUUGCCGUUAUCAGUUUGACAUCCAAUUUCUCUACACUUACGCUAAAUACCAUACACACAGGGGUGCCUGAGCAGGGGCAAUUUGUGUGUAGUCUUCACCUUAAAUGCAUAUUAAUAUUUACAUACAUACAAAUUGCAUACAUUUUCCUACUACAUGAACUUCUUUGUAAAUAAUUGUUUAUGUUCGCAUCACUUAUGGUUUUAUAUGCAUAUUUUAUGUAAAUAUAAGAUAUUAUAUUAAAAA